AUGUGCUCCUCUCUCUCUCUCCAUCCCACUCUCACUUUCUCUCUCUCUCCAUCCCAUUCUCACUCUCUCUCUCUCUCUCUCCAUCCCACUCUCACUCUCUCUCUCUCUAUCCCACUCUCUCUCUCUAUCCCACUCUCUCUCUCUCUCUCUCUAUCCCACUCUCUCUAUCCCAUUCUCUAUCCCACUCUCUCUCUAUCCCACUCUCUCCAUCCCACUCUCACUCUCUCCAUCCCACUCUCACUCUCUCCAUCCCACUCUCACUCUCUCCAUCCCACCAUCCCUCUCCAUCCCACUCUCUCUCUCCGUCCCCCUCUCACACUCUCUCUCCCACUCUCCUCUCUCCAUCCCACUCACUCUCUCUCUCCAUCCCACUCACUCUCUCUCAUCCCACUCACUCUCUCUCCAUCCCACUCUCACUCUCUCUCUCCAUCCCACUCUCUCUAUCCCUCUCUCUCUGAAACUAAGAUCUGCUCACUUCUACGACAUGGUGUUGGCCUCUCAACCAGUACAGAUAGUGAACUCAUAACACAAUUGUUGACACAUACACCCCAGGAAGGAGAACCUAAUGGUGGAAACUGGGUCACAAGAAUAAAAAAUUUGAUGAACCAAACAAGUUUAUCAUAUUCGCUUUUGGUGAUGCACAAGUCAAAAAUCUAUGCUAUCCGAGAUCCCUAUGGGAACCGUCCACUUUGUAAUAAUUCUGAAGAACAAAUUGAUGGCUGGGUAAUCUCUUCUGAAUCUUGUGCUUUCCAGGCCAUUGGAGCCAAAUUCUGCAGGGAAGUGCUUCCUGGUGAAAUUGUUGAAGUAAGCAAAAUGGGUGUAAAAUCUUUGUGUAUUGUUCCAAGGAAGGAAGACAAACCACCUGCAUUCUGUAUCUUUGAAUAUGUUUACUUCGCUCGUCCAGAUUCCAUUUUGGAAGGUCAAAUGGUUUAUUCUGUCCGCAAGCGGUGUGGCCGCCAACUUGCCAGAGAACACCCUGUAGAUGUUGAUAUAGUCAGCACUGUUCCUGAAUCAGCCACUCCUGCAGCUAUUGCAUAUGCACAAGAAGUACAUGUCCGUGUAGCUUCCCCUCCAGUGAAGUACCCAUGCUACAUGGGUAUAAAUAUACCCACUAGAGAAGAAUUGAUUGCUAACAGAUUUAACCUGGAAGAAUUAGCUGAUUAUCUUGGUGAGUUCAAUUUUGUUUUGUCACUGGAAAUAACUUCUCUCUAUCUCACUCUCUCUUUCACUGGAAAUAACUUUGCUUUUCUCUGUUCUCUGAAAUCAUUUUUCUGA